AUGGACGACCGCAGACGAAGCAGAUCCCCCGAUCGCGAAAGACCUAGAAAAUCCACGGGCGGGUUCCGAUGGAAGGAAAAACGACGCGACGACGGUGAUUCCAGAGGUGCAGGCGACGACCGCAGAUUAGAGCGAGGAUACAGAGGAGGGGACCGGCCACGUUCGCCGCGGAGGGAUCGAGAUCGCGAUUCAGAUCGAUAUGGAGACCGGUACAGGGAUGGUGAUCGCAGAGAGGAUCGGGGUCGGGAACGGACAGAGCGUGAUGAGAAGGAGGAGAAGCGGGAGAGAAAGAGGGAGAAGAGGGAGAAGAAGGCUGCUGCUGCUGCACAGUCUGCGGAGCCUAUGAUUGUUGUCAAUGUCAAUGACCGUCUGGGAACGAAGGCUGCGAUCCCGUGUCUUGCGUCUGACCCGAUUAAACUGUUCAAAGCGCAGGUGGCUGCACGCAUUGGACGUGAACCGCAUGAGAUCCUAUUGAAGCGCCAGGGAGAACGACCGUUCAAGGACCAUCUUACACUAGAGGACUAUGGGAUCAGUAAUGGCGUCCAACUGGAUCUGGAGGUUGGAACGGGCGACUAA